AUGACCGCUGCUAAAGCUUUCGAAUUCACUGGUGAGGUGGCUAUGGUCACCGGUGCUGGAUCUCGUAUGCCUGCCGAGAUUGGCAAUGGUCGUGCAACUGCUAUCUUACUCGCCAGACAAGGUGCCAAGGUGGCACUAGUUGACUAUAACGCCGAAUGGGCUCAAGAAACUAAGCGCAUGAUUGAUCUUGAGGGCGGUGUGUCAGAAGUCGUACAGGCUGAUGUAACUGAUGAGGAAAGCUGCAAGAAUGCUGUGGCUAAGACCGUCGAGCUGUUCGGAACUGUGAACAUUCUUGUCAACAUUGUCGGAGUUGGCGGUGCCAUGGGAGAUGCUACCAAGCUUGAUCUUGCAGCUUGGGAACGCGACUUUAAGAUCAAUGUCACCAGCAUGGUACUUAUGAGUCGUCAUGCCAUUCCUGAGAUGAGGAAGAAUGGACGAGGUGCCAUUGUUAAUAUGUCCUCAGUCAGCGGUCUUCUCGGUGGGAACCCCAGUCUUUUGUACCCCACAACAAAGGGUGCCAUUAUUCAAAUGACCCGUGCCAUGGCUGCCCAGCACGGCCCUGAAAAUAUCCGGGUUAACUGUGUUUGCCCCGGAAUGGUGUUCACCCCAAUGGUACGAGGGAGAGGCAUGACGGAUAAGAUGCGCCAGGAUCGUAUCAACCAGAACCUCUUGAAGCAGGAAGGUACAGGAUGGGAUGUUGGUUAUGCUAUUCUCUUCCUUUGCAGUAACGAGGCGAAAUGGAUCACUGGCUUGAUCAUGCCCGUUGAUGGCGGCACCACCGCAGGAAAAGCAGACAGACCGGCCUUGAAGUCUGAUACCCUCGCCGAGCAGAACACGAGAAUCCCCAAUAAUGCUUAA